AUCAUCAUACCAAAUGUCAGUAGGAGUACUUAUUAUUCCUGUUUACACAUUUGAACAACUGAUCUGAACAACUUGAACUUGUUUCCUUGUGUAAACACCAUCAGCGGCUCUCAGCCUCAUAAUCCCCCAUCCUCAGGGAGAGCGACUGUUUUCUUGACAACACCACAACCAGCCGUGGUUCCUCACGUUACGUAACGCUGCACACGUCCGUUUCCAACGUUUCCCCGUGUUUUGUUGUCUUUGUUCCUUUUGAGGCACGAGCUGCUGGUGACUUCUCAGCACAGAGCACUCACAGGGUUUGCAUUCCUGCAGAAAGCCUAUCGCGCUGACACUUUACUCAACACCCUAAAAAAAGCCCCGAGCAUCAGAGGCGCGGCAGCCGUGCUCCUGCUGCUCCUCAGCAGAGUGGGAGCUGACAGCUGAGACCAGCGGAUGAACCAGUCGCACCAGUCUCCUGCAGCAUCCCUGCUCGGGGGGGAUCUGAGGGGCAGCCAAUGAUCAAACCCAGGAAACAAACAACUUCAGGACAAUUUCAGCCAAAUUAUAAACUAUUAGAUUUGAAACCACCGCCAAACCAUGAGCACCUUCGAGUACCGCAGGAAACUGAAGAAAUACGAAGAGCUGGACGAGGACGAGCUGCUGGCGGCGCUGUCCCCCGAGGAGCUCCAGGAGCUGGAGCGCGAGCUGGACGAUCUGGAGCCGGACGACAACGUCCCAAUCGGCCUGAGGCAGAAGGACCAGACGGCCAAAAGCCCGACGGGGGUCUUUGACAGGGAGGCUCUGCUCAAGUACUGGGAGAGCGAGAACAGGCAGGAAAUGGAGGCCGGAACGCUGGGCUCCAGUCAGGAGGGGCGUCCAGAUAACAGCAGGGGGGAGCAACUGUCAACAGGCAGCAGCAGCAACAAGCCUUCGAUUAACGACAGAAAGAAGAGCUUCAACAAAGGCACGAAGGCGCCAGGCAGAUGCACCGCACAGGUCGCAGAGGCACAAAAGACAGACGGCGGUAAAAAAGAGGCUCCGUUUAGGAGUAAAUGUCAUCAAAAGACUCAAACCAGCAAAGUGAGGCAGACUGAAAGCCCAGAACAGGACGCGGGAGCGAGCGGAAACCCAACCGUCAUCGACGAAGCGCUGCAGCAGGUCCUGGACGACGACCCCACGCGGACCGAGGUCAACCUCAACAACAUGGAGGCCGUCUCCCAGGAAACGCUGCUCCGCUUCGCUGAGGCGCUGUGCUCCAACUCUCACGUGCACGUCUUCAGCCUGUCCAACACCCACGCCGACGACCGCGUCGCCGCCGCCGUGUCCAAGAUGCUCCGCGAGAACCGCUCCGUGCGGAACCUGAACAUCGAGUCCAACUACGUGUCGGGUCAGGGCCUCCUCACCCUGCUGGCAGCGCUGCAGCACAACAGAACUCUGGUGGAGCUCCGCUUCCACAACCAGAGGCACAUCUGCGGGGGGAAGGUGGAGAUGGAGAUGGUCCAGCUGCUCAGGGAGAACACCACUCUGCUCAAACUGGGCUACCAGUUCGAGCUCCCAGGUCCCAGGUUGGCGGCGACAGGCAUCCUGACGCGCAACCAGGACCGACAGCGACAGCGGCGGCUCCAGCAGCGGAUGGAGCAGAGCCCAGAGGUACCGGGUCCGGGCGGCGGGCCGUGUGCCCAGAACAGGGCCCCAAAGCAGCCGCCACAGCCUCCGAAGGCCGACGCGAGCCAGAAGCGAUGCCCUCCUCCACCAGACGCCACGACCAGGAAGAUCGCAGAACUGGUCAAACAGCACGAAGGCUCCAACGGCACCAAGGGUCAGAACCAGAGGAAACCCAAGUCCAAAAAGGCCAAGAACAGCGGCGGCGAGGACGGCGCAGACAUCCUGAAGGAGCUGAGGAGCGGCUUGAAGCCGUCGCUGCAGAGGAGGCGGGAGGAGGCGGGCGCCCCCCCCCCACAGAGGUGCAGCCGCGACGACCUGAUGGCAGCGAUCCGCGGGAGCAGCGUCAGGUCCCUGAGACGGGUGGAUCCGGCCCAGACCUGAAUUCAGGGACCGACUGCUUGUGACUUUUCACUGGUAUUGACACAGUUCAUUUUUAAUUCACUGUCACGUCGUUAAAGUGUCAAAGUUUUUCUACAGUGGCCCUGAGAAAACACAGCUCCAACAUUUAGACUGAAACGCUAAAAUGUGAAUUUACUACUUAAGUUUUGUUAAUGUUCCAGUGAAUUUGUUUAGUUGUUUUUUUCUUUUAAACUCAUUAAUUUCUAAGUGUCGAGCCCAUUUUUUUCAAAUGUUCAACUGUUUUCUUAACGUGUGUGGAGUCAGGGCCACGGCACAUUUCCUCACGUUUACGUUUUUAUGAUGUUACCGUGUGAAAACUGGAGGGAAAAUAAAACUUUACAUAUCAGCUCA